UACGGUGUUUGACACAAGUUAAGUGGGGCCCAGUUUCCCUCCCACAAGUCUAUAAACAAGGAUUCUACAUAUCAAAGCCUAGGCUUGAAGACACCACUGUCCAGAGUCUAGAAGCAUCUUCCGCCGCCCCCACCGGAAAGAAAAACAUGGUCGGAGAAACUAGCCCCGCCACCAUCAAAUUCCUCUGCAGUUACGGCGGCAAAAUCCUCCCUCGUUAUCCUGAUGGCAAACUCCGUUAUCAAGGUGGCGAAACCCGUGUUCUUGCCGUUGAGCGCUCCAUUCCCUUUUCUGAGUUGAUGGUGAAGAUGGGAGAGAUGUAUGGUGGGAAAUCGGUGAUUCUACGUUGCCAGCUUCCGACGGAGGAUCUGGACGCGCUGGUUUCGAUCACUUCCGAUGAGGAUCUCGCGAAUCUAAUCGAGGAAUACGAUCGGUUUGCGUCCCCGCCGUCUUCUUUGAAGAUCAGAGCGUUCCUUCCGUUGCCAAAAUCCGCCAAAAAACCGAUUUCUCCUCCUCCAUCGUCGGCUUCGUCUUCUAAGUCGUCGUCGUCGUCUCCGUCGAGUACUCCCAGGUUCCCCUGCGUACGUCAGAUCACGGGGACUCCCGUUGCUUUCUCUCUUUGCUCGGCGGCGGGGAAGAAUAUUCCUUACUACGGUUACCAUGUUCACCAUGGCAACCCUUGCCAUGCUUACCUUGUUCAUAACAGGAAUCACUGGCAAUAGCAGCAGGUUUAAGGAAGAUCAAGGGUCAUGAUGUAUGUUAUGAUCCUGUUUGAAUUUCGCGAAGAACAU